UUUAACAAAAACAUAAUAAAAAGAAAAGAAAAAACCAGAGGCAGUCAUGGAUUACGAUGGUGGAUUUCAUGAGGUCGAAGCCGAUGGUAAACUAUUUCUGGUAUACCACCACCCGAAGUACCAACAUAUACCGCAAAUAAAAAGCACACCCUCACCUGAUGAAGCAGCCAACCAAGAUCACCCUCCUCUGCCCCUUUUCUUAUGCCCUACGUCACGAGCACUAAAAGACUAUGGUACAGCUUCUAAACUUAAUUUGUUUAUCACUUCUUCUCCCGAGUAUGUCACGUCUACAACAAGGGCUGAUGAUCGUGAUCAUCAUCAUGUACUUCCUUUGUUUUGGUGUAACAACAAAAAAUUUUGUAAGCAUGAUAGAUGCGGUAUAUGCGAUAACUCAAACUUCGGUACAGAUUAUUAUUUUUGUGAUCACUGUGAUUCAAUGUUCCACAAAGAAUGUGUAGAGGCUCCACUAAAAAUUAAACACCCUUACUAUCCUCGUCAUUCUCUCGAACUCUGCAUGAAUUAUACAAGCCAUUUGUACUGUUCAUGUUGUGGAAGAAAAACAUUCUGUUUGAUGUAUCUUAGUACCGUCUAUCAAACUUCCAUGCAUGUAAUAUGUGCAAUGAAGUCGAUACCUUUUAUAGAGCAACAAAAAAUCCAUGUCCAUCCCCUUACCUUUUUCCCUAGACAAAAUUCUUUAAUCUGCAACGUUUGUGGUUUGAUAGAAAUAAAAUAUGCCACAUAUGUCUGUCUCAGAUGCAACUUUGUAGCUCACAGAGAUUGUAUGUAUUCCCCACACACCAUCAAGAUAUCACGUCACCACCAUCGUAUCUCCUAUGUUUCUUCUCUUGGGUAUGGAAAGUGUCUAUGUGGAGUGUGUCGUCGAAGUAUUGAGGGUGACUAUGGUGCAUAUACUUGUAACAAGUGUGGUGACUAUACUGUUCACUCAAGAUGUGCUCUAGGAAAAGAUGUCUGGGAUGGAAAAGAACUCGAAGGUAUACCAGAAAAAAAUGAAGAUGAUAUAACACAAGAUGCACCACCCUUCUCUAUAAUAUCCAAAGGGGUGAUACGUUAUUUUCUUCAUGAACACCAUCUCCUAAUCGAGGAAAACAUACUCUAUGAUGAAAAGAAACUUUGCGGAGCGUGUGUAUGCAAAGCGACAGUCAGAAAAUACGAUAUAUUAUGUAAGAAACUGUUAAAUUGCAUCAAAUGUGAUUUUAUUAUGUGUAUCGAAUGUGCCACCUUACCAUACAAAGCAAGGUAUAAGAGCGACGAACAUUUUCUCACACUUUCAUGGGGAGCAGAGAGGUGUGAGAAAUAUUGGUGCGAAAAGUGCGAAGAUAUAGUCGAAACAUUUUUCUAUUGGUGCAAUGAUUGCUGCACCAUCCUUCAUACUUUCUGCUUAUUCUACCGUUUCAUACUUUCUGCUUAUUCUACCGUUCUGAGGUAUUUCAAAUCUGGUCAAGAAAGGAAAGAGAAGAAAUCUGGUCAAGCCUUGUCAAAAAAAAAAAGAACGAAAAGAAAAAAGAAAAGAGAAAAAAAAAAUGAAGCGCAAAUAUUUACAACCGAUAACCGCACAUCGUGUUCGAGUACUUGUGCUUUGAUUGAUUAGCUGUGUUUGAGAAAGGUUGAGUAGAGCUUUGACUCCUAUGCUAUUGUCUUUCUUCUUCUUCUUUAUUAUGUUUUUUAAUUUGUUUCACAGUUGCUAUAAAUUUCGGUUU